UCUCACGCGUCAACCUCACUCUCCAGUCUUUGCCUACCGUCGACCUUGCCGCAAUGGCAUCGGCUCAGGCUCAAGACGAGGAUAUACAACGCACUCUGCAGUCCACUUCGCUGCAUGUGCAACCUGUUCCUCUCCAAACCACGGAAGGAACCAUCCUCUGUGACACGUCCACAGGUUGUCCUAGACCUCUCGUGCCCGUCUCCUUCAGACGCACAGUCUUUGACGCACUUCACUCACUGUCACAUCCCGGUAUCCGUGCAUCUUUGAAACUGGUCACCGAACGUUUCGUUUGGCCACGCGUAAACAAAGAUGUUCGUACCUGGGCUCGCGCCUGCCUUCAAUGCCAGCGCUCCAAAGUACAUCGUCACACCCGCAGUCCUCUUGGUUCAUUUCCUGCUCCGGAUUCUCGGUUCUCG